UUAAAAUUGAAAUUAUAAACUAUCAACAUCACACACUAUAUUUUCGUAUGUCUUUUGAUAAAUUUAGUUAAUAAUUUUGUAUUUUUUUUUUAUUUUAAUUAUAAAUAUAUAAGUUUUUAUUAUUGAUAUAUUAAAUUUAUGAAAUUCUCGACAACAGAAUAAUAUUCAAAAUGGGCUUAAUGGAAAAUAUUAAUUAUUAUUAUUAUGACUUGUCUGAUCCACGAAUAAGAGAUUUCUUUACAAUGGAUAGUAUUUGGUAUCCUAUUGUAAUUACAUUAAUUUAUUGUAUUGUUAUAUUUAAAUUGGCACCUGAUUAUAUGAAAAAUCGACCUGCAUACAAAUUAAGUACAUUUAUUAAAUUGUACAAUAUUUUUCAAGUUAUUACAAAUGCUUAUAUUGUUAUAAAUAUGUCAGCAUGUUAUUCAUUUUCUCGCUUUUUUGAAUGUCGUCCUGUUGUUUAUGACACAGAUACUUGCGGUAUGAAGAUUGUAAAAGUUGCUUACGUUACACUAUUGCUAAAGAUAAUUGAUCUUUCCGAAACUGUUGUUUACAUUUUAAGAAAGAAAAAUAAUCAAGUUUCAUUUUUACAUGUAUAUCAUCACAUGAGCACCUACUUAAUAGGAUUAAAUUUUGCAAAAUAUGUAAUUUCUGAAAUUUCAUUGUCGGUUCCAAUUUUAAACUGUUCAGUUCAUGUGAUUAUGUAUUUUUAUUAUUUCCUUAGUAAUUUUGAUGGUCCAAUUAAAGAAAUAAUCAAGCCUUUUAAACGUUACCUGACACUCAUACAAAUGGGUCAAUUUAUUAUAUUGCUUGCACAAGCAAUUAUUGUCAUGGUACAAAAUUGUGGAUACCCACGAGUUGUGAUAAUUGCUGUCAUAUUAAAUGCUAUUAUCAACUAUUGGCUAUUCUUUCGUUUCUACCAAAAAACUUAUUUAAGAAAAAAACAUAUUUAAUAUUAUAUAAUAAAUUUUAUAAUAAUUGUCUAUAAUAAAUAAGAGUACGUUAUCAUAAAUUAUGUCAUGCACUAAGUAAGGAACCACCACAUAUCAAACGUGAUACAACGGCGGCGAUAUCUUUUUAUAAUAUAGUAAUGAUAUAUAUAAAUUUAUAUAAAACAACUGUAUUAAUGAAGAUUAGACUUUUAUUUAAAAAUACAUAUAUAUAUAUAUA